AUAUUAGAGAGGUUACCCUCGUAAAUUACACGCUAACCCCUCUCUCUCUCUCUCCCCACGAUCAUCGUUCACUUUUCUGUCCAAAUUGGGCGGCGCCGGCGAACCACCGGACCCGGAGAAUCACUCCAAAUUAGCUUCUGAUUCAUGCUUCUUUCUCUUACAGUACUCUCCUCCUUCGAAUUUGAUUCCCUUACAGCUUGGCUAGUCACUCUAGAAUUUAAGGUUUAAAGGUUUCUUUUUUCACUGACUCAAUUCAAGACAACCAAAUGCCGGUCAAGAAGGAUGUUUGCCGGAAUUUUCAGCGCGGCAGCUGUCAAUAUGGGCAACGGUGUAAAUUUCUUCAUGUGACUUCAUCACAACAACAACAGAGACCCAAUAAUGUUUUCUCAUAUCAACAGCAGCAGCAACAGCAGAAGCCCAGCAAUCCCUAUGGUUUUGGUGUUCAAAACAAUCCUCAACCAAAAGGGGCAGGAGAUUUUGGUUCCAAGCCCAACCAACAUAAGCCAUUCCAAAACUCGUGGACUCGUUCUUCUUCCACGCCCAAUGCCAAUAAUACAUCUGAAAGUCAGAGCCAGACUACCAAUCAUAAGUGUACAGAUCGCGAAUCUUGCAGACGCGUAGCUGUUGAGGAUUUUCAGCAUGAAAGACCCCUUUGGAGACUUACGUGCUAUGGUCACUGGAAAAAUGCUCCUUGUGACAUUGUUGGUGACAUUAGCUAUGAAGAAUUGAGGAUGGCUGCAUAUGAUGAUGCUAAGCGUGGAUUGAGUUUGCAGACUAUAGUUGAUAGAGAACGGAAUUUAGUGAACUCUAAGGUGAUAGAGUUUGAAAACCUUUGCAAGUCUGGUCCAGUUCCCCAAAAUUCAACUCCUGCUAAUCAAACUUUUCCUGGAACUGCUCCAAAUGCAUUUGCACAAAGUGCUCAAGCUCCAAAUGCAUUUGCACAAAGUGCUCAAGCUCCAAAUGCAUUUGCACAAAGUGCUCAAGCUCCAAAUGCAUUUGCACAAAGUGCUCAAGCUCCAAAUGCUUUUGCACAAAGUGCUCAAGCUCCAAAUGCUUUUGCACAAAGUGCUCAAGCUCCAAAUGCUUUUGCACAAAGUGCUCAAGCUCCAAAUGCUUUUGCACAAAAUGCUCAAGCUCCAAAUGCAUUUGCACAAAAUGCUCAAGUUCCAAAUGCAUUUGCACAAAAAGCCCAAGGUCCAAAUGCAUUUUCACAAAACGCUCAAGUUCCAAAUGCAUUUGCACAAAACGCUCAAGUUCCAAAUGCAUUUUCACAAAACGCUCAAGUUCCAAAUGCAUUUGCACAAAAUGCUCAAGGUCCAAAUGCAUUUUCACAAAAUGCUCAAAAUGGUGCCCCUACUUCAGUUUCAAGCUUUAGUCAACUGGGAGCAUCACUCAAUGGGCAGAGGCCUUCUGCACCUUUAAGCAAUGCUUUUAGUCAGAAAAAUUCUUUUGGAGUUUCUAGCCAGACUUCAAGUGCAUUUGGAACUAGUAAUUUGUCAUCUCAAAGUCAAGGAAGCCCUUUCGCUACUGCUCCCUUCAGCAAUACUAGCUUCACGAGCAACCCAAUAACCACAUCUACAGGAUCCAAUGGACCAAGUAGUACAGGGUUUCAGCAGGCGAAUUCCACACAAAGCGAUGUUCCAUCUAGUGUGGAUGCAAGUGUAUGGUUGAAAAACAGUUGGGCUCCUGGAGAGAUUCCCGAAGAAGCGCCUCCUGAUACAUUCUGUUGUUGAAGGAUCAGAGUUCCAAUGUCUACUGUUUCAAGAGAACAUUUCUCAUGAGCUGUGCAAUUUUUUCGGUUAGUACAUCAAGCUCGCAAGACCACCGCUACUGACAAUAAAAAUGCAGAACAAUGCACAUAUUUCUCGCCUAUCAUCUCCAACUGGGAACAUACUUCAAAGAAGAUGGUAUUAGCCUAGGAUUUAAGAACACGGGUUAUUCUCCUGUUUAAAGGUAAUCCUUAGGAUUUGAAUUGUGGAAUAAGUAGGUUUCAUGUUUUCUGGUGAGAAUUCUGUAAAACUAAGUUUUGGAUUCAUGUUUACAUAUAGUUACAUUGUACUAAAUGAAAUAUAAAGAAUAUUAUUGAUUGAAUCACAUAACACAUUCCUUGAGGGUGGAGGGUAAUCCUUGUUCUUAUGUCCAAUUCAAAAUUUCAUGUCAAGCUCAAAUUCUGCACACUUACUUUAAGAGUAAUAAAUAGUUCAUUUGUAAUGCA